AUGGCCGGUGGAAAAGGCAAAUCAGCUGGCGGCAAGAGCUCCGGGGGGAAGACUUCGGUCGAGGGCCCCAAGAAGCAGCAGAGCCACUCCGCCCGCGCUGGUCUUCAGUUCCCCUGCGGCCGUGUCAAGCGUUUCUUGAAGCAGAACACCCAGAACAAGAUGCGCGUGGGUGCCAAGGCUGCCGUCUAUGUCACCGCAGUUCUCGAGUACCUGACUGCCGAAGUCCUUGAGCUGGCAGGAAACGCUGCCAAGGAUCUCAAGGUCAAGCGUAUCACUCCGCGCCACCUGCAGCUCGCCAUCCGAGGUGAUGAGGAGUUGGACACCUUGAUCCGUGCCACCAUCGCCUACGGCGGUGUGUUGCCGCACAUCAACCGCGCCCUUCUUCUGAAGGUCGAGCAGAAGAAGAAGAACAAGGCCGUCGAGGCAUGA